AUGUCGUUCCUAUGGUACGUUGCUUCUAUUCCCUUUCCCAAAUCGAGAUCAUACUCUCACUGUCUCCAACAUCUCAAUGAUGAAGUUGAUGUUGAUGUUAUUUCAUUGUUCAAUCGAAUGCUCCAUAAGAACCCCACCCCACCCGCCUUUGAAUUCAACAAGAUUUUAGGUUCUCUUGUUAAGGCCAAACAUUACUCCACUGUUGUUUCCCUUUCUCAACAGAUGGAAUUGAACAAAGUUACUCCUGGUUUUGUAACUCACAAUAUCCUCAUCAAUUCUCUCUGUCAAUUGGGUUAUAUUACUUUUGCCUUUUCUGUAUUGGCAAAGAUUCUCAAGAGGGGUUAUCUCCCAGAUGCCAUUACUUUAACUACAAUCAUCAAGGGUCUCUAUCUCAAAGGUCACCUCCAUCAAGCAUUGCAAUUUCAUGACAAAUUGGUAGCAGAUGGAUAUCAGUUGAACCAAGUUAGUUAUGGAACCUUGAUCAAUGGUUUAUGCAAGGCAGGACAAACAAGGGCUGCUCUACGGUUGCUUAGACAAGUUGAUGGCAAAUUGGUCCAGCCCGAUGUGGUAAUGUACAAUAUGAUUAUUGAUACAAUGUGCAAAGAUAAACUUGUUAGUGAUGCGUGUGAUUUAUAUUUUGAAAUGGUUGCUAAGAAAAUUUCUCCUGAUGUUUUCACUUACAAUGCAUUAAUCUAUGGCUUUUGCAUUGUUGGUAAAUUGAAAGAAGCAAUUCAUUGA